AUGUACCAUUUCGAAAAAAAUGGAGUACAAAAGAAGAUAUGGAGAUGCGUACGUUUUAAAAAUAAAUGCCGAGGCCGCGUUCAUGUUAUUGGUGAUAUCGAUAAUGAGAAAAUUUCAAAAAAAAUUGACCAUAACCAUGUUCCUGAUAUUGCUCAAAUAGAAGUUAAAACUGCAAUAAAUGAGAUGAAAAUAAAUGCAAAAUGUACAUCUAAUUCCACGCAUUCACUAAUUAGAUCGCUUGCUUCUCAGGUAUCUGCUUCAGUUGCUGGGCAAUUACCGAAUGUGCCAACUUUAAAAAGAACCGUUCAGCGAGUUCGUCAAUCUCAUUUAGGAGCUCCAAUUAAUCCUCAAAAUUUUAAUUUUGAAAUUCCAGACCAAUUCACGAAAACAACGAAUGGUGAGCAAUUUUUACAAUUUGAUAAUAAAUCUGAGACAAAUCUUAUAAAAUAUUAUACUUAA